GAAAUCCGGCUCCUAAAAAUGUUGGCGCUUCUCCGGCCAGCUUUUUGGCUUGGAAGCGGCCUUUGUGGCUACCACAUGGCGGUGCCCUUUCCGCAGCAGAGGAGCGAGACCUCCCUGGUCCUGGUGGACGAGGCGCGUCGUUUCAUCCAGGAUUGCCUGCUGCGAGUGGGAGUUUCCGCCUCCAAGGUGCGAAGUAUAAGCGAAUUCCUCGUUGUGGCCGAUUAUCGAGGGAACUUUGGCAACGGACUGAAUCGCCUGGAUUACUACCUCAGUGAUCUGCAGCGUGGACAUGCCCGGGUGGAUGCAGAGCCAUGUAUUAUCAGCGAAACAGUGGCCACUGCCCAUGUGAACGGCAACUCCGCUCUGGGCGUCCUUGUGGGCAACUUUUGCAUGGAUCUGGCGGUGCAGAAGGCUCAAACGGCGGGCAUUGGAUUCGUGGUGGCCCAGCAAUCGCAUCACAUCGGAAUGGCAGGCUGGUUUGCUUUUCGGGCUGCUGUCAAGGGAUUGGCCGGCAUGGUGAUGUCCAAUUCGGCUCCCACGAUGAUGGCUCCCGACGCCAAGUCGGCCAGCAUUGGCUCCAAUUGUCUGGCCUUUUGUGUCAAGGGAAAGGAAUAUCAUUUUGUGUUGGAUAUGGCAAGUAGUGUAAGGGAUAUUGGAGCUAUUGAAUGGGCUUGGGCGAAUGAUGAGUAUAUUCCGCAUGGCUGGGCGGCGAAUGAGGGAGGCUUCUCCACUUGCUUUCCCAGCUUGGCGCUGAGGACACCGCUACUCUUCCCCGCCGGCGGUCACAAAGGAUAUUGCCUUUCAGCCAUGAUUGAUCUUCUGUGUGGCGUCCUCUCGGGCGCCCAAUAUGCCACCCACAUACCGCUGGACCAAAAGCAACCCUCGAACUUAGGUCAAGUUUUCAUUGCCCUCGAUCCCGAAUUCUUUUUACCCAACUUUAUGGAACGCCUGGAUGACUUUUGUGGUCGCAUUCAGGAUAGCCAGCCGGCGGAUGAGUCGGAACCCAUCCGUUUACCCGGCGAACUGGAGCGAAUGCACAUGAACUACGUGGAGGAUUUGCGGGCAUUGCCCUAUCCCAACAGCCUUUUGACCAAGUACAAGGACAUUGCGGACAGGCUCUGUGUAAAGCCCAUCGAGUUGGCUUUCGAGCGGUGUCAGUCCAGGAAGAGCUUUUAGUCUUAUACCCGUUAAAUGUUGGGGAAAUUUCAAUAAACUGUUAUUUUUUGUUGGGGGGGUUUGCAGAAAGCGCCCACUGUAUGAUGA